AUACUGGAAACCUAUAACUUUUAUAAAUGAUUAAACAGGGUGAUGAAUUGAGCAAAUAAAUCUGUAGUCAGUGACUAAUUGUCUGUCUGGUCACCGGAAGUUACAUCUUCAUUGUACAACAAAUGAAGACCACGACUUGUUUAGGAGCAGAUACUGAACUCCAUUUCCGGUUAAUUUUAGUCCAUGUUCUUUCAACUGAAUUACUUUUAAUAAAUUUGAAAGCUGGUACUGGGUGAUCUAUCUGGCCAAAACGAGCUUGAUUCUUUUAUUGACAUUGGCUCAGAGUGCUGGUGCCUACAUAAACCCCAAACAUAAGGGGGGAAAGAAUGUAAUCUUUUAAGGGGCACUGAGGAAUAUCUUCUAAAUAUGCAAUUUAUUAAUAUUAAGUUUUUUUUAUUAUUUAUUUUUUGCUAUUUAGUGUAUGUAAUAUAGUGUUCUGUGUGUAAAAGGAAGCCGCCUACGGCUAGCACGAGGCUUGUCGUGUUCUCUGCGACUGCCGGAAAUGACGUCAGUGUUCCGCGGCAGCCUGUCCUGUGUAAAUACUGAUGGUGCGUUUUUACGUCCCCGGUAGGCUGUGACAGGAGGUCUGAAUGGGCACAGUAAGGAGGCUUAUUUGUAGUUCAGUGUAUACACGGCAUUCCUAUCGGACCUGAUGAUUGUGUUAGUCUUUUUCUCCGCGCUUUUUGCGGUGUCCGUUAACGCGGAUUUGUUUCACUUUGACAGCAUCUCAAAUGCGUCGACCUAUUACUUUAACUACCUCUACUGCCAUGUUUGGGAAGGGGAGUGUCAGCCGAACCAGGACGAUGCGACCCAGCAAGUGCCUACAGGGGACAUGUGGUCGUGGCUUGCUCAGGAUUAUACGGGCAUGGUGACCAACUGGUACUGCAGCAUUGGACAGUGCUGUGACUCAGGAGACUGCAGAAUUACUAACAACAUCACAGGUCUAGAGCGGGAUCUACAGCUAAAACUUCAUGGGCAGCACCUGGCUCAGUCGGUGGUCCUGAAGGCCAUUCAAGGCUUCAUUAAUAACCCUGAGUCGAACAAGCCCCUGACCCUCUCCUUCCACGGUUGGUCAGGCACAGGCAAAAACUUUGUGGCCCGGCUGGUGGCCGAUAACCUGUAUCGUGAUGGAGUGAAGAGUGAGUGUGUACGUCUGUUCAUUGCCCCAUUCCACUUCCCACAUGCAAGACUGGUGGACGUGUACAAGGGCCAGCUGAGGGAGGCUAUUAGAGACAUGGUCCUCCGUUGCCCACAGACACUCUUCAUUUUUGAUGAGGCAGAGAAAUUGCACCCUGGUCUUAUUGAUGCCAUUAAACCCUAUAUGGACCACUAUGAUAAUGUGGAUGGUGUUAGCUACAGAAGAGCCAUAUUCCUGUUCCUCAGUAACAUUGGUGGUGCAGCUAUUAAUGAUGUAGCACUGGACUUUUGGCAUUCGGGGCAGAACCGGGAGGAUAUUGGUAUGGAAGAUCUGGAACAUCGACUGCGAGCAGAAUCCAUGGAGGCUGAAGGAGGAUUUGCCCAGAGUGAGCUCAUGUCGGGGCACCUGAUUGACUUCUUUGUGCCAUUCUUGCCUCUUGAAUAUCGUCAUGUUAAACUAUGUGCUCGGGACGCGUUUGUUAUCCGUGGCGUGGAGCCUGAUGAGGCGACUCUAGACGAGGUGGCUAAAGCCAUGCUGUUUCCUCCCACUACACGAAAACAUGCUGGCAGUUGGAUUGGUUAUGCUAAAUUGCUUGUAGGUGUGGACCAUCGGCGUCCCAUCCAUGACAUUUUCCCUCUUCAUGCCCAGUGUUCCCAGGAUAGGCUCCAGAUCCACCGUGACUCUGACCAGGAUAACGCAGUUACCGAGCAGCCUUUUUUUCCCUGAAAUGUGAUAUCCAGCCACUUUUUUCACUCCAGGUAAAGUCCACCCUUUACCCCCAUCUUCACUGACAGCAGCUGUGACACACUGCCACACAACAUAUUUUGUUUGCAAUGUAACUCUACUGCUAAGACUUCCAAAAAGCAUUGACUGCACUUCUGCUAAAGAACAUCAAUUUCAGAUUCACUGAAAUUUCUCUUCUUUGUUACCUUUUGAGCCAGUUUUAUCUGUGUGAACCUCUGUUGCCAGAAAUACUGAUAUGAAAAUUAGUUAAAUAAUGGGCGGUGUGGAGAAACGGGUUCAAAUGUGAUUAAUUCCACGAAAAUGAUUUAUAAAUGACCCUGCACAACGUUGUGUGCAUAUAUUCAACCAGGUUUUCCAUUCCAUCUCGUGAAUUUUACAACUAUAUUGAUUUCUGGGAUUCUACUGUAGUGAUUCUAGCUAGCUAGUGUUUUUACAAAACAAAACAAGGGACAAGUCACCUGUUUGGCACACUUUGCACCACGGCAAGGGGGUUAACCAAAUUCAUUAAGGGCACUUAUGUACUGUACGCUCACUAGAAGAUGGAGGAAACAACAAAAUGUCGGAUCACAUACUUGUUUUCAUAACACGCUUUCCCGUGGAAAAGCACCAUAAAUGUAUAGGUCAAGUGUGGCAGUUAUUUACUUUUUUUUUUUUUAAAUGUACCUUUACAUUUUGUUCUAUAAUUAUUUAAAGUAAAUGUGCUGUUUAUGAAUGCCUUAAAUAGAAUCAUUUGGGUUUUUGUCACUUUUUAUGGAUGUAGGAUUUUAAGGUUCAGAAGACAUGAAGGUAAAGAAAAGCAGCUGAAACUGUAAUACAGACCAUCAUUUCUCAGCAUUACUGUUGUUUCUGUUACAAGAAAAGUCUAUUUUUCUAGAGAAAAUACCAGACUGUGACAGCAAUAAGAACAAUGCAGAGUCUGGGGUCGGUGUGUACCCCUUAGACCUCUAACCUCUAACUUGUGUUUCCAUACACUAUGGAAUUGCACGGUAGUGUUUACAAUGUCAUUACUGGGUUUAAGAGAAAUCUGUUGAAGUGAAAGGAUUUAAUUUAAAUGUUCUAGAUGAAAGUACAUCACCAUGUUCAGUCAUUUUGGUUGACAUGAAGCUACAGUGUGUCAAAAAAAUAUUCCAAAUAAAAAUGUACAUGUGCAUGCUGGUUUGCUAUAAUAGUAAGCUAUUAACGCUUUAUAUUUAAGGACUUCUAAAUUGUCAUUGUUAUGUAUAUUUUGAACAUUUUAUAACACUGUAUUUGGCUUUUAGACUUUUGUGUCAGUAACAUUUUCACCACUACGUCACCAGCUGAAGGGUCUAAAUCUUUUGUUUUAAUUUUAGCUCUUGCACAUAAAAUGUUUUAGACUGGAA